GUAAGACUGUGACAAAGAAGUUAUUCCUUGUUGACCAGAGCAACACACCUGUUGGGUUGCUCCUUAUGGAAGUGACUAAACCCUUGUGUAUCUCUGGCCGCUUUAACGCCCCGCAGCACACUAGAAGUCUGUAAUGCGAGUGACUCAGCGUGGAUAGAGACGCUCCCAAACCCUCAGAACAUGCAGCGGCACGCAGAUCUACAUGCUGACAGGAGAAACGGCCUGCGUGCGAGACCUUCGUGAGCGCUUCUGCGAUCCUCAGAGCGUGACAUUCCUGGACAUGGAUUUUGCAUGAACUUGGUCUUGAUGAAAAAGAAACAUUGAAGGGUCUGCUGAAAGGGAGAUGAAUGAGCUGAACUGAGGGAAAUCAAACACAAAUCCACAGGUAGUCAGGAUGUUCCAGAGGAAGAAGAAGAAGAAGAGGCUGGAGAUCUCCACGCCCAGGAACUUCGAGCACAGGGUGCACACGUCCUUCGACCCGGUGCAGGGAUGUUUCGUGGGUCUGCCGCCCCAAUGGCAAAGUGUCAUAGAAACGCUCAAGAGGCCCAAACCUGUGGUGGAUCCGUCCCGCAUCACCAAGGUGCAGCUCAAACCACAGAAGAGCAUCGUUCGGGGCAGUUUCAUUGGACAUGAGGACUACAUUUCUGCGGCGAUCGCUCAGAUGAGCCGACUCUCCGUUACAAGCUCGAACUCGUUAAGGAGAACCAGCCCGUCUUUAAGGAAAAGAGCCCAGUCUCUGGGCCGUCUGGGCGAGUUAGCCGAAGGAGAGACUCAAUACGAAUAUGAGGAGCUCAACGAGGCCAAUCGGAGAAACGGCGGGCCGGGCUCAGACUGGCACGCGAGAUCCCGACAGGUGCAGAGCGAGAUUGGAAGUCCGCGGCCCGAAUCCAAGAACAACAUAAACUCCAAUGAGUCACGGCCGAGAGCCAAAUCCAUGUUCAUGGGACAGCCGGCGCUGAUGCCCCGGGACAUUUUACUAGCGCCUAGGACUGCUCGUGAAGAGCCCGGUAUUGAUCAAACGGACGGUAAACCCAACCAGAGGCCCGUAUCGUGUCUCUACAGCGCAUACAGUGAAAAAGAUGGAGUGAGACUGAACUCAGAACAGCCGAAGAUGGAAGCGCAGAGGAGACCUCAGUCCACGUACAACUUCAAGGUGAAUUCACCAAGUUUCCCAGCCAUUUCCAAACCCAACGGCACUAGCAGUCCAAAACCAGGCCACGGAAUAACGACCAGCCACCAAACCUCACGCCGUUCCUCCAGCGACCUCAUUUCUACCGCCAAAACCCCCGGGACUCCAGCCUCUGUCCCUCCGACGCAGGACAGCCCGUCCCAGCCCAGACCCGCACCGACCGGCUCGCCCGCGAGUCCCAGCGGAGCCUCGUCGCCCACCCUGAGAGCGACUCAGAUGCCCGGCAGCGUCCCGGACUCGCCCAAGGUCACGCACGAGCAGUUCAAAGCCGCCCUGCAGAUGGUGGUGGACAAAGGCGACCCUCGCUCCUAUCUGGAGAACUUCGUGAAGAUCGGCGAAGGCUCCACGGGCGUGGUGUGCAUCGCGCGGGAGAAGCACAGCGGACGACAGGUCGCCGUGAAGAUGAUGGACCUGAGGAAGCAGCAGAGGAGAGAACUGCUCUUCAAUGAGGUGGUUAUCAUGCGAGACUACCGGCAUAAAAACGUGGUGGAGAUGUACAAGAGCGCUUUGGUGGGUGAAGAGCUCUGGGUCAUCAUGGAGUACCUGCAGGGCGGCGCUCUAACCAACAUCGUCUCUGAAACCAGACUGACGGAGGAGCAGAUUGCUACGGUGUGUGAAGCCGUUCUUCAGGCUCUCUGUUAUCUUCACGCUCAGGGCGUCAUUCACAGAGACAUCAAGAGCGACUCCAUCUUACUGACGCUGGACGGCCGGAUCAAACUGUCUGACUUUGGAUUCUGCGCUCAGAUCAGCAAAGACAUCCCCAAGAGGAAGUCGCUAGUCGGGACUCCAUAUUGGAUGGCGCCAGAAGUGGUUUCAAAGACGCCGUACGGCACCGAGGUGGACAUGUGGUCUCUGGGGAUCAUGGUGGUGGAGAUGGUCGAUGGAGAACCGCCGUAUUUCAGCGAGACGCCCAUAGCAGCGAUGAAGAGACUGCGGGACGAGCCGGCGCCCACCGCCAGAAACAUCAGCAGGAUCUCUCCCGUCCUGAGGGAUUUUCUGGACUCGAUGUUGACGCGUGAUCCGCUGGAGCGAGCGAGCGCCGCUGAUCUUCUCCAGCAUCCCUUCCUGCUGCAGGCGGCUUCUCCUCGCUGUCUGGUGCCGCUGGUGGAGCAGUACCGCAAACGCAUGUCCCGCUGCUGACCGCCCCGCCACCAUUAGCACUUUUGUGACUGUGAUCGUUCCUGAUCUACUGAAACACUGAGCUGGACUGCUGACGUUCCUUCUGGAGACCCUCAUGCAGGAGGACAGGAGCAAUUGACCCCAAACCUAUCAUUCUGUCAGCAUUUAUUCCUCUUACUCUAAUGCGUUUGCACAGAACCUGAGACAUUAUGUGCCAUGUGUGAUUAUGAGACUGUGCUGGCGGGUUUAUGAAAUCCAUCUGAUGAUUGUUCACAACGUUUGGAAGACUGUUUCUGCUAAAAGGACAAGAAAUUAAAAGGUAAUUGCGACCUUAUUUCUAACAAUUUUGAAGGAAAAAAAAACAAUUGCGAGACGAAAAAUGGAAAAGUCAGAAUUGCAAUUGUGAGGAAAAAAUGUAAUUGUGAGACAAAGUCAGAACUGGAGGAGAAAAGGUCAGAAUUGUGAGAAAAACAGAAUUGUGAGAAAAAUAGAGUUGUGAUAUAUUAAGUCAGAACUGAGGAAAAAAUAGAAUUGUGAGAUAUAGUCAGAAUUGAGAAAAAUAGAACUGCAAAAUAUAAAGUCAGAAUUGGGAGAAAAAAUAAAACUAAAAAAUAAAUUCGCAAGAUAUAAAGUCAGUUGUGAGGAAAAAAUUAACUGUGAAAAAUUUGGAGAAAAAUAGAAUUGUGAGAUAUAAAGUCAGAAUUGAGAAAAAAAUUGAAUUGAGGAAAAAAUAGAAUUGCGAUAUAUAAAGUCAAAAUGGAGAAAAAUUUGAAUCGAGAAAAAAUAGAAUUGUGAGGGAAAUUAGAAUUUUGUGAGAUAUAAAGUCCGAAUUGAGAAAAAAAUUGAAUUGUGAGGAAAAAAUUGAAUUGCAAUAUAUAAAGUCAGAAUUUAGAAAAAUUUGAAUUGAGAAAAAAUAGAAUUGUGAGAUAUACAGUCAGAACUGAGAAAAAUAGAAUUGUGAGAUAUAAAGUCAGAAUUGGGAGAAGAAAUAGAACUGUAAAAAACAGAAUUGCAAGAUAUAGUCAAUUGUGAAAGGAAAAAUGCGAAAUAAAAAGUCAGAAUUGACAAAAAUUUGAAUUGUGAGGAAAAAGUGGAGUUGAGAUAUAAAGUCAGAACUUUCAAAAAAUAAUUAUAAAGAAAAAUAGAAUUGUAUGAUAUAUAGCCAGACUUGUGAGAAAAAUAGAACUGCGAGAUAUAAUCAGAAUUGAGAAAAAAUAGAAUUGUGAGAAAAAAAUUGAGAGAUAUAAAGUCAGAAUUGAGAAAAAAUUGAAUUAUGAGGGAAAAAUAGAAUUUUAAGGAAAAAAUAGAAUUGAGAGACAAAGUCAGAAUUGAGAAAAAUUAGAAUUAUAAGUAAAAAAAGGAAUUGUGAGAAAAAUAGAAUUGAGAGAUAUAAAGUCAGAACUGAGAAAAAAUAGAAUUGUGAGCCAUAAAGUCAGACUUGUGAUAAAAAUAAAAUUGUGAGAUAUAGUCAGAAUUGAUAAAAAAAAAUAGAAUUGUGAGAAAAAAUUGAACUGUGAGGAAAAGAAUUAUGAGAUAUAAAGUCAGACUUGUGAGAAAAAUUAAACUGAGAGAUAUAGUCAGAAUUGAGAAAAAAUAGAAUUAUGAGGAAAAAAUAGAAUUGUGAGAAAAAAUAGAAUUGAGAUAGUCAGACUUGAGAAAAAUUUAGAAUUACAAGGAAAAAAUAGAAUUGUGAGAAAAAAUAGAAUUGAGAGAUAUAAAGUCAGAAUUGAGAAAAAAGAAUUAUGAGGAAAAAAUGGAAUUGUGAGAAAAAAUAGAAUUGCAAAACAAAGUCAGACUUGAGAAAAAUAGAAUUCUGAGAUAUAAAGUCAAUUGUAAGAAAAAAAAAUAAUUGUGAGAAAACAAUUCUGAGAAAAAUAGAAUUACGAGAAAAAUUUAGAAUUGCAAAAAAAUGUGAGAUAUAAAGUCAAAAUUGUGAGAUUAAAAAGUCACAAUUACCUUUUUUUUUUUUUUUUUUUAAUCCCAUGGCAGAAACAAGCAUCCAUAACAAUGAGACCAGAAAUAUGAAUCAUGUUGACUUUAAAAUAAAACUUUUAUGACUGUGCAGCUUUGGAUAAAAAGCAUGUGUUAAAUGAUGUUAAAUUUUAUAAUAACUGUGUCUAUGAAACUGAACUCGAGCUCUUCUGCAAACCAGCAGACUGUGGAGACACUCAACGCUGUUUGUAUUUUAUAUUCCGAGAUGUUAAAGGACAAUAAAUGAUUUUUUUUUUUAUUCAUA